AUGAACUCAUCUCUCGCAGAAAGAGUCGAUGCCAUAGUCAUUUACGAUGACGAUGAAGAGGCGAAAGACUUCAUCGUGAUAGAUGAUAGUGGUGAGGGGAUUCCAGAUAGUCAAGAGUCCCCAUCAACCCUCGAUGUUCAACCCAUCCGCGGCAUCUCAAACUAUGACCCAGUAAGAGCUCUAGCAAGAGCUCCAUCGAGCACUGCACCGCCGCUGUGCAAGGAGCAGCGAGACCUGCUGCACCUCAUCGCAACGGGACGAAACGUCUUCUUCACCGGCUCGGCAGGCUGCGGAAAAUCCACCGUGCUCAAGGCUGCUGUCCUGAUGCUGCGGCAGAUGAACAAGAUUGUCCACAUCGUUGCGCCCACCGGCCGGGCAGCACUGCAAGUCGACGGCAUGUCGACAUGGUCAUACAUGGGCUGGACACCGGACUACCACAAAAUGCCCAUCAAGGAUCUCAUUCGCAAAGGGUUCCGGAAGCACAUCAAGAAGCGGUUGAGGGACACCGACGUGCUCAUCAUUGACGAGAUCAGCAUGGUGGAGAACCAGCAUCUCGAGCGCAUGAAUAUCUGCAUGAAGGCUGUGCGCUGCUGGAAUGAAUGGGAGAAGAGGGGGGACGAUGAUUGGAAGACGGUGACAAACAUUGACGCCUUUGGAGGAGCCCAGGUCAUCGUUACGGGUGACUUUUGUCAACUGCCUCCCGUCAAGCCAUUUGAGUUCUGCAUGGAGUGCGGGCAGCGGAUGAUUGCCGACGAAGACGACGCCGAGUUCAACUGCGAAGAGAACCAUGGGCCAUUUCGAGAUGCGGACAAGUGGGCGUUCAAGAGUCAGGCUUGGGAGCAGGCCAAUUUCGCCCACGUGAACCUGCAGGAGAUUCAUCGCCAAAAGGACGAGCAGUUCAUCAGGAUGCUACAAAAAUGCCGGCUUGGGAUUCCCUUCCUACCUCAUGAGAUGCAUACACUCAUGGACCAUCCUUGCGAUGUGCACAAAGCGACAAAGCUUCUCUGCACGAGAAACGAGGUCGCCCAGGUGAAUCGGGUAAACUUCAACAAGUUGAAGACGCCAAAAGCUGAAUACGACGCGCUAGACGGCUUCAUCGCAUAUCAGGAAGAGCAUCAAUACCUACCGCAAUAUCAGCAACGUUUGCCUGACGGAACACUGGCAGCCUGUCGGGACCAGCGCCUGGAGUCUCGUGUCACACUGCGCGGCGGCAUGCUAGUGAUCCUGCAAGUCAACCUCAACAUCAAGGGCGGACUGGUCAACGGAAGUCAGGGUAUCAUCUGCGGCUUCGAAAAGUUCGACCCUGAGAAUCUCCCUAGAGAAGCCAAGGGCAAGGAUGCCGACGCUAUCCCCUCACACCUUCGCCUCAACGGAGACCACGCAGGACUCAGGGAGACGCAGAUACGGAAAUUCAUGGAGCAGCAGCAGCAACGACAACAAAGGAACCCGGCUCAGGCACACGCUUGGCCGCGGGUGCUCUUUCAUAACGGCCGAAAAUGCGUCAUCUACGCCUCCUGUGUCGUCAACUCUGUCGGUGACAAAGAACCGUAUUCGCUGCUGCAUCGGACGCAGAUCCCCCUUAUGCCGGGCUGGGCGAUGAGCGUCCAUCGAAGUCAGGGCAUGACGCUGGAUCGCGUCAUCGUCGACCUGUCUAAUGCCUUUGAGGAGGGCCAGGUCUAUACGAGGGAGGCUCAAAAAAUUGCGUACGGGCAUAUUGGUGACCACCAUUUCACGAGCAAACGAUGUGCAGCGACAUUUGGAUAG